AUGGCCGCGGCCAAGGUCAAAAUGAACGCAAACGGGGCACAUACCUUUCUUGAGAUAGUGAAGGUCCGCUUUGGGACUCCCGCUCAUCUGGUCUUCACCUUCUACGCAGUUCUCUGCAACAUCGUAGUCAGCGGGUCCCUCAUAUUGGGAGGUGCGGCUACAGUCAAUGCGCUCACCGGCAUGCCCAUCAUCGCGGCCUGCUUUCUCUUGCCUAUCGGCAUCGCCGUCUACGUCGUCUUCGGCGGGCUUCGUGCUACCUUUAUAUGCGAUUAUGCGCACACGGUGGUUAUCUUCACCAUCAUUUACUUGUUCGUCUUCCGAGCAUAUGGUACUGCUGAAGAUAUCGGCAGUCCAAGUAGCAUGUACGAUUUAUUGACGGAAGCAGCAAAGAUUAUGCCUGUAACGGGGAAUGAACAUGGAAGCUACCUCACGAUGAAGUCUAAUCAGGGCUUGGUGUUUGCCGCUGCUGGUAUGUUGACAGGAUUAUCGGGGGUGUUCUGUGACCAAGGUUACUGGCAAAGAGCUAUCGCCAGCGCUCCAGAAUCUACCACAAAAGCAUAUAUGCUUGGAGGGCUCUCUUGGUUCGCGGUACCUUGGGCUUUUGCAUCAUGCUUGGGCCUGGCCGCUCGCGCUCUGUUGACAAACCCCAAGUUCCCGACGUACCCUAAUCCGCUAUCUGCGUCGCAAGCAAGCGCCGGGCUGGCUGCUCCUGCAGCUGCCGCUGUAUUGAUGGGAAAAGGAGGAGCAGUGGCGAUCUUGCUGGUUGUUUUCAUGGCCGUCACCUCUGCGGCAAGUGCAGAACUCAUCGCGGUAUCGAGUAUCUUCUCCUAUGACUUGUAUCGUGUGUACUGGAGGAAAGCUGCGGGAGGGGCAGAAAUCGUGCGGGUUUCGCACUGGUUUAUCGUGUUUUGGGCGAUCUGGAUGGGGGCAUGGUCGGCGAUCCUCAAUAGGGCGAGUAUAGACCUUGGAUGGCUUUACUAUGUGCAAGGCGCAGUCCUCAGCCCCGCAGUGAUCCCGGUCGCCUUGACUGUGGGUUGGAGCAGGCUCACAGCGACAGGAGUUCUCUGGGGCUCCAUCGUGGGGGCGAUCCUCGCCGUCCUCGCUUGGAUGAUCGGAUGCCUCAAGAUCUACGGGUCGAUCAAUAUCACCAACCUCGCCCUCCCGUACUCCGCGAUCUGUAGUGGUGUCACGGGCCUCCUGUUCUCCGGAGUCAUCACCGUCGUAGUAUCUCUACUUGGGCACCAAAGGUACGAUUUUGCUGGGACGAGGGCUAUCGCUGUAGUGGACCCGGUCGACGAAGAGGAUUCGGGCGUGCAAGGCGUACCUGCAGAACGGGAGGACAGCGCAAGCUCGAGCGCGGGCGGGCAAGAGAAGAACGCGAAGGAUCCGGAGGCUGGGAAUACUACCGUAACGACGAUCCCUGUCGCUUCCGAGACGAUGCCACCGUUUUCGUCGGGAGGGACCAGGCCGCCUGCGAGUCCGGAGGUGUUGCAAGCGGUGUACAAAAAGGCGGCUUGGAUGGCUCUGGCGCUCACGCUAUGUGUCACGAUCAUCGUGCCGCUGCCCAUGUUUUUCUCGCAUUACGUGUUCAGCAAGAGCUUCUUCACUUUUUGGAUCGCAUGCACAAUCAUUUGGGCGUUCUUAUCGGGCACAUUUUGCAUCGUCCUUCCAGUGAUCGAGUCUCGAAGGCAGAUCUUGACGAUCGCGAGAGCAUCUUUCAAGGCAUUACGGUUCGCUGGGCGCGGCGACCAUACAAAGGCAUAGAUGGCGAGAAAUCCCCACCAUAAAGUAGACAAAUGCUCUUGUCGCGUCUACCACGGUGCAAGGACCAGAUUCAAUCCAAUCGGAAAACUAGC